GACUUGUUUAGCCUGCCAAUGAAUGUUGCUAAUGCCUUAAAAAAAAAAAAAAAAAAAGCAUAUUUUUUUGUAUUUUUUUUUUUUCCUCAGAGGCAAAUCCAAACAAUGCUAGAUUUGGGAAACUGUUUACUGAAAAGCAUUUUCUAACAGAUCUCUGAAGAAGUGCAAUUGUAUAAUUAUUAUUGUUCAGUGCAUAUAGUACAUUGUCUCCAUCACUCUGUACACUGCUGCUAUUAGUGCUUGUUCUAAUAAAUCUCAAUGUACACUGUUUAAGCUGCUGUGAUCUGCAUUCUGAUUUAUCGACAUAAGAAACACCUCAGAGUAUGAUUUUCAAACAACUUGUUUGUAAGCAGGUAAGUGAACCUACUAGUAAUUGCACAGUUCUGAAAUAUAUCUUGUGCAGAUUGAUUUCACAGAGGUGGGUGACAGCAACAGUAAUAGCACUGAAGCAGCUCAUGCCAUGUACCUCUCUGUACAGCUCCUUUAGAUCUGGCAGGAGUUACCAACUACAGUCACCAAGAUAAUUAUUUUCUGUUUGUCAGUUCCCAGUUUUAUCUUCACGCUACAGCUGCUAAGAGCCCUUUGCUUUUGUCUCAUCAGCUUGAACCUUGUGAUUAAAGAGAGCUCACAGUACAUUUCUCAAGUUGUGGGAGCAGGAAUAGAGGAAGUGGGUUCCUGCUGUUCUCAAAUAGAACUGAAAAAAGAGGUGUGGAAAUAGAGAAGUUACUAGACACCUACCCUUUCUGGCAUCUCCUUGGAAAAACAACACUAUGUGAGAUUUUUUCUAUGUGUUCCUGUCUGUUUAGCCAUUAAAUCAAUUACAUUUCAUUUGAAUGAAAGCAGAGGAGAAAACAACAAUUUGUUUUGGAGGAUGUAUAGUUGGAAUUACAGAGUAAAUAGAUAGCUAGAGAGUAUCUAAGGAAAAGACUCACCAGUGCUGAGGCUUUCAGUUGAGAUGGAUGCUCGCCAGUAUUGAGGUUCACCACAAAAACUCCACAAAGGAACAAUCCCCAGAAAGAGAUGCUGCCUUAGUGGUGCCAAAAUAAUCCUAGUUUGAGCCUAGUUGUACAUACCGAGCCAAUUCCAUUAUAGGAUUAUUUUAGCAGAAUAGCUCAUUUUCACAUUUCUGCAGAUGGGAUCUGUGUUUUGUUAUUGAAUGCCUCUCUAAAGAAGCCUGACCCUCUUCUGUAACUGCUGCUCAGAAAAAGUGCUGUAAGUGAAAUGUGAAAAGUUGCACGUUGUUAUUUAAUUGGUUAAACAAACAGCAAACAUUUGGGAAGGAGAACGCAAGAGGGCUGUGAGGCAGAACUGCUGGUCUGCCUCUCUCUUCUUCAUGUAUAACUGAGCAGAAAAAUUAUUCCUUGAGCAUGCAAGUUAACUUUAUACUUAAAUUUAAUCUGGUCAAGAGACAGAUGAUAGUCCUUUUUCACCACAAACAUGUAGGCGUGGUGGUGUGGUGAAGGGAGACUGUGUAGGAAGUUAUCGACAGGAUUUCAGCCUGACUCAGCUAAGAGUUGCCCACAGAAAGCUGCUCCCAGCAGCACUGCUGCUACUAAAUCUGUUCUGAGGGAAUGAUGCACAACAUUUUUGCCCAAUCAACAUAUCCAGACUCACUGUUCUCCAAGUCACUGUUAAAUUAUUAUUAAGUAUUUAAGACUUCCUAAAUGUUAAAAACCACAAAUUUGCAAUAAUGAUUGCACCUGAAUAUAUAAAAAAUAUUUUUCUCUUUAAGUAAUCAUUACUAAAUAAGGUCAAAAGAAAAAAGAUCAAGUAUCAUUCAAAACUAACGAGAUACUCUGGGCUAGCUGAGGAUGUAUCCUGUAGUUUAUUUAUAUGAAGUGGUGAGUCUAAUUUUAUGUAAGGUCAGAAGACAAAAUGUUAUAUAACUGUUAAGCUGAGUAGUGAAGAGAGAGGUCGGAUUCUGUAGCACAUGUCUAUGUCUGAGGUGCUUUUUAUUAAGGGUAAAUAUAAAAAGAAUUAGGGGCAAGUUAAUACAGUAUGGGUAAAAGUAUGUUACAGGCAUGAAUCUGGUGUGAAGAUAGUUUUAUCUAUUAUGAGAUUACAUUUUUAAUUAAUGCCUGUCCUAUUUUUUGCAUGGAAGACUCUCAGAGUAAAAUCAAAUACUUAACUGCAUUUCUCUAUGCUGGCUGCCUGGGUAUAUUUCCUUCCUCAGGAGAGAAAAGAGACUUAACUAGUGGCUUAAAUGUCACAACUACCUCAGUAUUCUUGAGCAGGUAUUCUUGUGAGUAGGAAGGUAGAGAAAAAAAUAUAAUUAAACAUUUUCAAAAAGUGACCUUUUCUUGGACUAUAAGUGGAUGGCAAGUUCUGUUAAAGACAUCUCUGUUUUCCAGUUGUUUUUUGUUGUUGUUUCUGAUGAAAUUUAAGGUAUGGAUUAUCUUUUAGUUUCAGUAUUUCUGAGGGCCUGGCGUUACACUGACCAGUCAAAGUAACUAUGCUGACACAACACAAGGAGCUGAUUUAACUUAAUUGCUGAUCAGCCAGCCAAGUACAACAGCAUUAGUAAGACUGCUUUUUAUGUUUGGUGGCAAAGAGUUUUUUAUGUCACCUUUCUGUUAAAUGUUUAAAUGUAAACUGCUCAGGUAUUCUCUCAUUUUAUGCCUACAUUUGUGCAUGGGGAGGAGGGGGUAGGGGAACCAAAAAAAAAAAAAAGCUGGAUGAGGAAAUGUUUUCAUAGCAUGAAAAGAAACAGCCUAAGUAAGAGUAAGUGUGGCAAUGAAAGAGGAUGCUGAAUUCUUGGAUAGCAUACAAACACCUACAUCACUUAAUCUGUUUAUAAAUGCUCUCCAUGUAAAGAUCUGAGAGUACUUUACAGUUCCAGUCAGUUUUUACAGAUCCUACUCAGGUAAGUGACAUCUUACCAAAGCCACAUACUGUGGGUUUCAUAGAGUGAUGUUAAUCACAGUACAGCCAGCAGCAGUGCCAAAAAUAAAUGCUGCUCAGAUGGAAGCAUAAUAAGCAUAGUGUCUGUGCUGAAGGGAGUGCUGUGAACUAACUGCACCAGCGCCCAUAUGACAGAUGAGCAUGGCUAGUCUGAAUUGUAUCACAGCACACAAAUCCUUUGGUUUGUAGUUUUUCUUUGGAUGUUAUGACAGCACAGCUAUAGUUCUAUAUUUGCUGAGGUUCAAGCCCACAGAGAUGUCCGCCACCAUUAUGAUGCCCACUCACACAUGCUGUCAGAAAGGUUUAACCUAUGGAGCAGCAUCUUGAGAAGGAAAGGCAGUGGUAAGCCUGCAUUAAGUCAUGCUGGGAAAUCCGUUUCCAGGAGAUUUGUCAUCACUAACCUAAUAAUACUAGAUGAUGAAAGUAGCCUCAUUGUAUGCAGUAAUGUCUAUGUAACAAAGGACAUAUUUCUCUCAUAUGAAAGAUGUGACCGCUCAGUUAAUGGGUUUAAAUGCAAGCAUGCUGUCUCAGCAGAUCUCUCCCUGGAGUACUGCUUUUGCAUUUCUCACUAGUAAGUGCUUUGCAGCUAACACAGCCAUCUGCACAUUCAGAACAUUGCCAAUAAAAUUAGGGUAAUUAUAUUUAAGUAGAAGUUGGGAUAUAUUGUAUGCUUCAACCAGCAGUGGUCAUUAAAUAUGGUGUUAUAGAAAUAUGUACACAUGAAGCACAGCUCGUGUAGCCUUUACAUCCAUGUCUGUGAACAACACUCUCCAAUCUGAAGGUGAGUAUGAGCUGACUAAACUGCUGGCAGAAUAUAUCCCUGAUCCCUGUGCUCCUUCCUCAUCAUUAACGCAGCUCUCAUAGGAAGGCAGUGAGGAGGUACCCAGAGCUGUGCAACACGUUCCCUUUUCAUCCAGACAACAGAAGCUGCUUGUGUAAAGGUGAAUGGAGGAUGAGGUCAGCCAGAAGCCGUACAGAAGUGAGUUGAACACCACAUCUUGCAGCCUCUCAUCGAUGUAAAGCUUACAGAAAGGUCAGCUUCAAUGCACUGAUUGCUGGGUGAGUGCCAUGCUGCAGUACAGCCCCUUCUGGCAGGAGAGCUCCUCCUGUGUGCAGUGCAGCAUGGAUGAUGAAUGUGCGUUACUGCAGUCAGUUCUGUGACGCAGCACAGAUGGAGGCACUCAGAGAGUACUUGGGCUGUAAACUUGGAAGAGUAGUUUUUUGUUUAGAACCUUUCUAGCUGGUUUGAAACCAUUCACACAUAGAGGUUCCAUAUACAUAGCACAUGACAGUCCAUUAAAAUACCUAUAUCUCAAAGCCUCUCAGUCAUUUUUUUUUUCCCUGGGAAUAUAGAUAGUAGUGGAACAUUCAAAAGGAUCUGGUGCUGCAAGUAAGCUGUACUGUAAAUGUGGGCACUUAAAAUAUUUCAGGACUAGGGUUCCUAUGAGUUGCGGCCUUGAAUUUCUGAGCUCUGUAAUUUCGAUACGGUCUAUUUAUGCUGCCCAGAGAGGUCCUCAUAAUGAGCUAAUUAAGUUUCGGAUACACAAGCAGUGACUAUGGUUUUUUAUUGCUUUACCAAACUGAGAGCUUAAUAAAGUCUACACAAAAUUAAAAUACUGCCAUAGCUAAUUUAAUUGUUCCCCUAUACUGCAUAAUUGAAAGAGCAUUUGUGAAGUGAUUUAAAGUUUCACUGCAUUCAAACUAGAAAAUAAAGAAAUCCAGCAUGCAGUUAUCUACUGAAAGCUUUAAUCUGGCUUUAACUCGCUUUCUUCCUGCAGUGGUAUCUUAAGUCAGUUCCUUUAGCAGCAGUCCCUAUGAGCAUCACACCAAGAGACAGCAGUGUCCAGCAAACUGCUGGAUCAGAGCUCAGCACAGCAUCAGCUCUGGGCUCCAGAGGGAUGUAAGUCACAGCAUUAAACUGUUUUUUGCUUAUACCAGAGAAUUACUAGAUAGGGUCCACUUUGGGGAGAAAAAAAAAAAGAAAAAAAAAAAAAAGUGAUGCUAAAAGUGCUUAGAACAGCAAAAGAGAUGGAAUCAUGCGUUACAGAAAUGCUUUUUAGGGCAUUCCCAUAGGGACAGGAAAUCCAAGAGGAACAGCUGAACACUCACUGCAGUCCUGUGGAACUGUGCCUAGAGCAGCUGUCAGCUCUGCAGAAAACAAAAUUACAGCAUGUUCUUCUUUUGAUCAGGGCAUGAACCAAGCGCCUGGUAGUCCCAUCUGAGAAGGAGAACACCUCUUUCUUACCUGAAGAGUGUCAUGUGGCAGCUCAGAUGAAAGCAUUUUGAGAGCGAAAACAUUUGUCCAUAAGAGAAAAUGGUGAACCAGCACAAUGAAGGGGGAAAAAUGUGAACAGUUUACCAAGCUUGAUCAGAAUACUGAGCAGAACUGUUAAGAGUCUUCAGCCAUCAUCAGGGUGGGCUUAAACAGAACGAAUCUAAGCAAAUCGAAGCUUGGCCACCUCUAGACUACAGAGUGUUGUGGUUGCACAUGGACCACUCUCCUGUGUAUCUAAACAGAUUGGAAAGCCACAGGAUUAUGAAAUGGAAGUACAUCCGUAACCAAUAAUAUCAUGAUCUAAGCAUGAGCUCUCCAGUAUAUAUAAUAGCUAUGUUUAAAUAUUGUUUCACCAUUUUUCUACAAACUACAGUGGUAUUAAAGACAGCACUCUCUUGUUCCCAGGAGGAAGCCCAGCCUUCCUGCUGGGUUUCUCUAGUGCUGAUGCUGGGUACUAAGAUAGCUUUUCUUCACCUAUUUAGAUCCUUUUUUUCCCUGCAUGAGGCUCAUCUUCUCUCUGAGACUCUAGCAGCUUCAGCCACCUCCAGGAAGAAAAUCACAAUACUCCACGAGUGUAUUUAUUAAGUUCAAUAAAGCUAAUUAAGAAAACCAGACCAGAAAAUAAUAGUUUUCAGUUCCAUGCAUUUAUAUGUAUGACUUCACAUAAAAUUCAACAAUUUUUAAAACACUUUUCCUGUUAAAAUAGAAAUUCAACAAUUUCUAGCUAAUAACUAGUCUCUGUUCUCUUUGAAUGAAUGUAGCUUUUAAAUCUACUUACAAACAGGUAUAUAGUAUAAAAUGAUAAAUUCAUGAGACAAGGGCCACAGCUGGUCCCAAUAGAUGUCAUUUUGUUACCUUAGAUAAUGUAACAGGAUCUUAUGUUGCCGGGACCCUUGCUUUUUAGGGAAAUGCUCAUGCCAUCUGCUGGGAAGUUACGAAAUUUGCCAAGAAUUUUUUCACUAAUAUUUUAUUUUAUUGGCUUUUAGAUAUUGAAUAUUUACACCAAUUGUUUUAUUAUUAUUAUUUUUUAAGAACUGUGGGUAUAUGUAAUCUAGCUCAAAGGUACUUAAGGAGUUACGGUAAGUAACUGCACCUGUUUCUACAACAAAGUGAAAAGCGAUGUGGGCUUUACCCUCUCGAGGGAAAUGCUGUCUGAGUUUAAUUUAGUUUUCACUCAGACAUGCAUAGUUAGUAAACAUUUUAUAAAACGGCAAAGUUAACAUAGUUCUCUACCUGUAGUAUAAGAAUAACACAAGGAAGGUAAGUACUGUGCAAGCAUAUCCAACGAAACUGAUCAUUGCAGGAUUAGUGUUGCAUCAGACUGAGUAUGGUCUGUGGCCUCAUACUAAGCAAGGGACAUACAAAUGCACAUUGAAUAAACAGUGCUAGCUGAGCUUAAUAAGCUGUAGAAGACACAUUAUCCUAUCAAGAAGUUAUUACAAGAUAUAUAGGAAAUCAAUCAAAAUCAAGAUGGAACAGGCAAUUUUAAUUUAAGAAUUUGUUUCUCUUUAUAGCCUUUCAAGUUUUGUUAAUGCAUUUUGAUUGACUAAAUAAGCAGAGUUUAGUGUUUUUGUUUUUUUGUUGUUGUUAGUGGAAUGACAGGCUGAGCUGCAGUAUUUUGUUGCUAUUUCUCAGUACCCUCUAGAGCAAGCAACCAAGUCCUUAAUGUGAUUCUACAUCUACUGUUGUCCUCAGCCUUGCUUGGCCAGAAUGGUACCACCUGCCACCAACUGCUGGGCUGAGCUUGAGCAGGUUCUGCUGUGCAGUUGCUGCUGAAAGGAAAUACUGCUGCAACAGACCUGUUGCUGCCAGAAAGCUGUAACUGAAACGUCCUACCUGUUGCUACUGGCAAAACAGGUCAGGAUGUGGCUGCUGUAAGGCUGCAAUAAGCAGCGACAUGUCAGUGACUCCUGGAAGGGAGCUAAAGAUCAGAGAAGCUGCAGUCUUUUUGUUCUAAGACUAUAAUUUGGAUUUUCAGAUAGAGGCAUUAAACUGAGGUGGAAAGGACAAGCAUUUCCCUAUCAGUUUACACUACCUAUGCAUUAUUAAUGAUGCAGAACUAGAGAGCUUAGCUGGAGGUCUUUGAGAAAGGUUUUCAGCAGCACUCCUAAAGCAGGGUAGUUCAGAUGCUGUUGAGUAUUUCCAAGUAAAAUACAGCUUGAUAAGAAAUAAUAAUAAUAAUUAAAAACAAGAUUGGUUGCUUUUUUCUUUUUUUUUUUUAAAGCAAUUUAUUUGGAAAAAUACUGCAAAGAAAAACAUGGGCUUUGGAUCUGGAAGUUACACUUGAGGCAGAGCUUUUUGUUAUCAUUUCUAAUGUAGUAAUAUGUUUGCUGCUGCAACCAAAAACUUUGUUAAACAGGUUGGUGACGGAGGAAGAUUAGUGCCAGUGCCCAGCCUCAGUGAAGCCGAUAAGUACCAACCUCUCAGCCUUGUGAUUAAGAAAAGAAAAUGUUUGCUUUCAAAAAAAUCUAAAUUCGCUUCAACACCUUUCACAUUAAAAGACAUUCUUGAAGGGGAGAAAGAAAUUUGUGCAGGUGUUUCAUCCUACCAGUUGCUCAACUACGAAGACAAAUCAGAUGUUUCACUCAAUGGUAAAAGAGGAAAUCAGAUAAUCAACGAUGUUGGUUUUGAUGUUGCUGGAUCAGAUUCUAUCGCCUUUAAAGCUUCAUUUGGCAUAGUGACCAAACAUGAGGUUGAAGUACCAACACUGCUUAAAGAACUUACUACAAGAAAAAUAAACUUUGAUCAUUGUCUAGUCCAUCAAACAAGAAAAAGUAGAAUGGAGAUUCUGUGUGUAGUAAUGGAAAGCAUUAGGACAACAAGGCAGUGCUCAUUAACUGUUCACACUGGGAUGCGUGGAGAGACAAUGAGGUUCCACAUAAUUGAAGACCAAAAUAACAAAGGACGGGACAAAGCCAUUGUUUUUCCUGCACAUACAACAAUUGCUUUUAGUGUAUUUGAACUUUUUAUUCGUUUGGAUGGCAAUUUUGAGCUGUGUGUGACUCCAAUUGCAAAGGGGGGAUUUGAAAAAGAGAAAUCUGGAUCAUCCUCAAUGAACAAAUUAAGGAGAUUGAAGCACAACCUCUUUUAUCGAAAUAAAAGAAUAGUGAGUAUCAUCCCUAGCUCUGAUGGUUACUUGGAGGACCUUUUUACAGACUACUAUGAGAAAGCUGCAAGCAUGACUGAUCUCUCUACAAGCUAUCUCAGAGAAGGGGCUCAUGUUCGAAUUAAUUUACUUAAUAACAACAUCCCCAAAGGUCCCUGUGUCCUUUGUGGAAUGGGAAGUUCUAAAAGAGAAACAGUCUAUGGAUGCCUAGAGUGUUCUUUUAAUGGACAUAAGUAUGUACGACUGCAUGCCGUGCCCUGCUUCGACCUCUGGCAUAAGAGAGUGAAGUAACUGCUCUAGGUUGGCAGCCGCGGUGGUUUGUCUUAGACAAUGGGAUAUUGUCAUACUAUGAUUCACAGGAUGAUGUUUGCAAAGGCAGCAAAGGAAGUAUAAAGAUGGC